AAAACACUAUCAAUCAAUAUGCAAGAAGAAUAGAGUGAACAGGCAGUAUAACUAAAUCCAACGAUGUGCGUUUCAGGAUAGUUUUUUUUAUCAGUAGCGAUGAUUGACAAAGUGUUCUUCCUUUUCUUACAAUGGACUUCCAUUUUAAUUGUUUCGCUGUUAUUUCCUGGGUUCAUCAAAUACACAGAAGUAGAAUGUCACUUCAACCCGACAGAGAAACCGCCUCACUCAAUGGACAACAUGCAGAAGUCUUCUGGUCAGAUGACUGGCCAGAUGUACGGACAGCCGGUGAUCCACGCCAGGGGGGCAGCAAGGCAGAUGUUCGGCAGCAAGGCCAUCAGACAGCCGCAUCAGCCGCCGGCCUCGGGAGGCUAUCCCGGGGGCCACCUAACAGGCCAUAACAGAAUUGGUGCAAUUCAUGAACCAGAACCGCAACAUGCCCCCAUGCCCAUGUGGAAUAACAUGGGAAUCAUGCAUUUCCCUCAUCACAAUGGAAACAACCACUCUGCGAGCAAAAAUCCUCAAGAUGUUGAGCAGAGGAGUGGGGGAAAGUGGUCAGGAAGGGUGCCAGGGGAACAAGGCUCACUUAAUAAAGGUCACACAAUAAUCAACGAUGACGACACUGGAGGGCUGGCCGGCAACGACGCAGCCGCCGGGACGAGCGACGUGCAUCGACCAUCGUGUCCCGGAGAGUGCAUGCUUGACGAGUUCCUAUGCGUCACCUCCUGCACCUGCAUUCCGGUGCAAUGGCAGUGCGAUGGCACGGCCGACUGUGUCGGACGCGAGGACGAAUUGUCGCCCGAGUGUCAUGAGGACCCCAGCACGGUCGUCAAGUGUCGCGAGGACGACAACUUUGUCAUCUGCCCGAGCACGCACAAGUGCAUCCGCAAGUCCUUUCUCUGCGACGGCGACGACGAUUGCGGCGACUACUCCGACGAGUCGCAUUGUGGUCUUCCAAACUGCACAUCUGAUCAAUACGAAUGUGGCAAUGGAUUUUGCAUCCCAAAGCCGUGGCUCUGUGAUGGGGAUGAUGACUGUAGAGAUUCAACCGACGAAUUUCAUUGCAAAACUGAAGCUCGUAACUGCACCAGCGAAGAACAAAGAUGUUCGGACGGUAGCUGUAUCUUGAAGUCUUGGGUCUGUGAUGGAGAUCCUGAUUGUACCGAUGGUGCUGAUGAAAUUGAAUGCGUUGUGGAGCUUUCGCCUAGUUGCAAGUCGGACGAGUUCAAGUGCACGUAUCCCUUGUGCAUCAGCAUUGAAUUCAUGUGCGACGGAGACGAUGACUGUGGAGAUAACUCUGACGAGCUCCAAUGCAAAAAAGACAACAAGCAGAGCUGCCUUGACGACCAGUUCAGGUGUCAAAAUGGAAAGUGUAUACAUUUGUUGAAGAGGUGCGACCGAGAGUACGACUGUGAAACGGGUGAGGAUGAAGCUGGCUGUGAACAAAAGCCUGCGCCAACAUGCAAGCCCAGCGACUUCGUUUGUGGCAACGGCAAAUGUCUUCCAGAAGCAUGGGUGUGCGACGAGGUAGAUGACUGUGCGACAGGCGAGGAUGAGCGUGCGUGCGAGAUGACCUGCAACGUGCACACUGAGUUCAGCUGCCUGUCGGCCUCCGCCAUUGAGCGGGCUUCCCUCGAAGCGCACGACAACACCAGCAUCGACCUACAGGAUCCGGAGGCCACGUCCGCCUCAUACGUCACCAAGUGCAUCAGCAAGAAGCUCGCCUGCGACGGCAAGAUUGAUUGUCCUUACGGAGAUGAUGAGAUGAACUGUUCAACGAGAAGGAAAUGUGAUGAGAAAAGCGUUUGUCACCAGCUGUGUGUGACCAAGGCAGACGGCAGUGAUGGAUGUGAUUGCAACCCUGGAUUCACGCUUGGAGACGAUGGAGUCAGUCAGAUAACAUUGAGCAAUAGCAAGGGCACAACCAUUUAUAAGGGAUUAAAUAAUGCAAUAGCACUGGACUAUCACUAUACGAAAGGACUUCUGUACUGGACUGAUAUAUCCAUGGAUUACAUCAGGAGUGCCACCAUCAAUGAAACUAAUAAAUCAGAUGUAAUCUCGUUUGGUCUGGACAGUCCAAGCGGCAUAGCAGUCGAUUGGAUUCAUGACCUGAUAUUCUGGACAGAUUCAGGAACGCGCAGGCUAGAAGUGGCCUCUCUAGAUGGCACUAUCAGGAUUGUUCUGGUCGCCAGUGAUGUGGAUAAGCCCCGUGCUAUCGCCGUGCACCCUGGAGAAUCUCUGGUUUUGUGGACGGAUUGGGGUAAGCUUGCUAUUUCAAUUGUGGUGAGUUAUCUUGUGGUGACCAGAGGUCUUCCACAUCCAUUUUCCGUUACUUUAUUCGAGGACUACAUCUAUUGGACUGAUUGGCACACAAAGUGUAUAUCAAGAGCUAGCAAAGCAACCGGAACAGGAUUCAAAGUCAUCUUCCACGAUCUUCAUUUUCCCAUGGAUAUUCAUAGUUACCAUCCUCAACGCCAACCAGUCUACCCUAAUCGCUGUGGCAAAGACAAUGGCGGAUGCUCGCACCUUUGCUUGCCCAAUACUCACAGUUACCAGUGUGUUUGUCCCUUGGGAUUGACACUGAGGAUGGAUCAACGCACAUGCGACUCGACACCGGAAGAGCUUCUAAUUUACGUCAGAACAAAAGAUCUGAGGAUUCGUCAACUGGCUGCCAAUGAAAGCCAUGCUUACGACGUUGUUUUGCCAGUCAAUAAGAUCAAGUCAGCGGUCGCUCUUUCCUGGGACGCCAGUUCGGACUCUAUUUUUUGGAGUGACAUCAAAACGAAAGUCAUAAGUCGGGUUUACCUAAACGGCAGCGAGGAAGAGCGAGUUGUCGACAAUAAUCUGGUUUCGCCUGCUGGUCUCGCUGUUGAUUGGGUGACAAACAAGCUGUACUGGACGGACGCCGGUACUAGGCUUAUCGAAGUUUCCAAUUUGGAUGGCUCUCAUCGUUCAAUACUAUUUUGGGAUGGUCUCGAUAAACCAAGGGACAUCGUUGUCAAUCCAUUAGAUAGCUACAUGUACUGGAGCGAUUGGGGCAGCGCUGCCAAAAUAGAGCGCGCAGGCAUGGAUGGUUCGCAGCGUUCGACUUUCAUCAGCACAUCGUUGAAGUGGCCCAACGGCCUGGCGCUCGACCUCGAAGACGGACGCCUCUUCUGGACUGACGCCGGAGUCGGCAAAAUCGAAUCUAUUGGGUUUGAUGGCAAGAAACGACAAGUCGUCUUAGCCAAUCUGCCACAUCCGUUUGGUAUGAGUGUAUUCAAAAAUAGAAUCUAUUGGACUGACUGGAACACGAGAUCUAUCAACGCGGCUGACAAAACUACUGGGAAAAAUAGAUCUGUUAUCAGAUCGAGUUUAUCAGGGCUGAUGGAUGUUGGAGUAUUUCAUAGGAACAACAGGAUGGUCGCUUCCAAAUGCCAAUUCAAUAAUGGUGGAUGCUCUUGCAUGAGAGGUCCUAAGAACUCACUCGUUUUUGCGCACAUGACUGAAAUAAGACAAAUUUCUUUGGAUGUUCCGUACAUCGUUGAUGUGAUACUUCCUCUCCCACCCUUGAAUCGAGCGACAUCGGUUGACGUUGAUAGGAAAACUGGAGAAAUUUACUGGACGAACUCAGAUUUGCAUGAUCGUGCAAUUAUACAGAGAGCACAGCACGAUGGUAGUGAUAUUGAAACAAUACUGGAGUAUAGUCUGGAUAGAAUUGAAAGUAUUGUUGUUGACUCAACAGGCAGAAAGAUCUAUUGGACUGAUGGUGGUAAACCGAGUAUAGAAGUGGCCGAGUUGGAUGGCUCGAAUAGGAGAGUGCUAAUCUACUCUGGUCUGAUUCAGCCCAGGGCAAUCACACUGCACUACCACCAUGGCCUCAUGUAUUGGUCCGACUGGGGUGGAGAGAUUGCUCGAAUCGAACAGGCUGACAUGGAUGGAAAGAAUAGAAAAACGUUGAUAGAGGAGAAAGGAGGUUGGCCGAAUGGUUUAGCCAUCGACCGGCCCUCGGAGAGACUCUACUGGAACGAUGGCAGCAAGCACUGGAUUAUGAGCUGCAACCUGGAGGGCAAAAACAAGCGUAUCAUCCUGGAGGAAGUGCCGCACCCCUAUGGCCUGGUCAUUGUGGGCAGUCACGUCUACUGGACCGACUGGAACACCCAGGCCCUGCACAGGGCUGACAAGAACACCGGCAGGGAGAGCAUCGUCAUCCGGUCCAAUUUGACUGGACUCAUGGAUAUACGUUCUGUGCAGGUUGAUAACGUUGCUGAAAAUGCUUGUGGCGCCAACAAUGGAGGUUGUUCGCACCUGUGUCUGCGUAAACCGGCUGGUUACAGUUGUGAGUGUCCGACAGGAAUAGCGAUCAGUGGAGACAGGCACACCUGCUACUAUCAGCCCGAUGCUUACUUGUUGAUCUCUUGUAGGACAUAUCUGGCUCGCAUUUCUCUGGACACUCCGGAGCAGUGGGAUGUGAAACUGGAUAUUCCCGAUGUACAUUUGGCUAUCGGGGUAGACUAUCAUUGGAACAGGAGUCUCAUAUAUUACGUCGAUAAUGAUCUUGGAGCAAUAAGAUCAGUACAGAUGUGGGACCUGAAUAAGGUGGAAACAGUGGUGGAGAGCAAUACAAAGACAUUGGAUGGAAUCGCAAUCGACUGGUUGGCUGACAACAUCUAUUUCACCGACACGGCUCGCCGAGUGCUCGAGGUGGCUCGCCUCAACGGCACCAGCCGCAAGGUCGUCAUCAAUGUCAACAUUGAGGAACCCAAGUCCGUAGCAGUUUAUCCAUCAAAAGGAUUACUUUUCUGGUCUGACAUGGGCGAAUUCCCCAAAAUUGAGCGAGCUCUUCUGGAUGGAUCUGAUCGCAAGGUGAUCAUUGACACAGAUUUGCGGUUGGCGAAUGGUCUCACCGUUGACUUCGGAGAAGGCAAACUGUAUUGGGUCGAUACGCUGCGUAAUAUCAUUGAAGUAUCCAAAUUGGAUGGUAGUGAGCGAAUGCAUCUUCUGACUGUCAAUCAGCCUUUUGGAAUAGCUCUGUUGGGCGAUUACAUCUAUUGGACGAGCUGGGGCAACAAACAGGUGGGUCGCGCCGAGAAGCUGACAGGCAGAGACCAGAAGAUCAUCAAAGCCAACAUGACCGUGGUCGAGAUCAAGGCCGUCACCGAGAAACUGCAACAGGGCUGGUCACCAUGUGUCAUCUCCAACGGAUAUUGCUCCCAUCUCUGCCUCUACCGAGGUGGCAAUAGAUAUGUGUGUGCCUGUCCUGAUCUAGCUGAUUCGAUACCGUGUAAACUCUAUCCAAGUCAAAAAAUACCCGGAACGAUAUCGGAAGAUGUCGGGGAAUCGUCGCAUUAUCCCGACUCAAAUCUCAUGUAUUAUUAUAUUGUAUUGAUGUUUCUCAUAUUGAUCUUCAUUGGUAUCGCAGUAGUCUUCCAUUGCAGACAAAUGAGAAAAAAGAAGGACUUCUAUGAAGGAGGACGCCAAGUCCUCACAUAUUCUAACCCAAAUUAUUAUAGCUCAGAUGUUGGGCACUCAAGCCGUGAUAAGCGCGGCUUUUCAUUAAGAAAGUUAAAAUAUGAUAAAUCUCAGGAGCGAGUUUACGACGUUCAUAGUGACAGUGAGAAGCAGACUGCAAGCCCCGAGGUUGUCUCGCUGAUCCCGGCACCCUCGUCCCCCUGCCCCCCUGACAGAGCUUCCCCCGUCAACGAGGGCGUCGACAACCCCACCCUCAAGGUCGUGUGAAGCACCACCACCCCCGCCUCCACGCCAGCCCAAACUCAUGCUCAAUGUCAACAUUUCGGCGUGACUUGUCACUCAUAAACUGAUGGAGCCACUGCAUUGAUCGAUUAUCAAAAAUGAUGAAACAAUAAAAUAGAUUUACUAGGUGUUUGUUUGUAGGUGAAAUUCGUCAUCUCAUCAAAUCAAAACGUGUAUUGAGCAAUUGAUUCAAAAUGACACAUUCGAAUCAGUCCGUUGCAGACAGCGGGCAGUAAUUGCAGCCCUGUUAUCUGUAUACAUCACUAGUCUUGCAACUUCGAAAGUAAUUGCUAAUGCAGCAAUCAGGUCAGGAUCGAGUUGAGAAGUUCACUGUAGAGUAAAAUUCAUGAUUAAACUUAAUCGUUUCAAAGCCUUUUGGAAUGGAUGAAUUAGUAGCAUGCAAAAAACAUGUCAUCGAAAGAGAUUUUAUCAUUUUCGAGGAUUGAAUAAGUUUAUGAUUUUGAAACGAUGCUAAUGAGCUAGAAAAUUAUAUUUUUGCACAAAAUAAAGUUUAUGCAAAUGAAAAUCGAACAUAUAUAAAUGCAGUGUGUGCUUAUAGUUUAUUGAAGUUACUGUAUUUAGACUGAAUUGUAUAUUUUCAUAAUUUAAAUGCAAAAAUGUAAUAUAUAAAGAAUGUACUUUUCAUGAGAGGAAAGAUUAUCAGAAUGAAUUAAUUUUUCAAAAGAUUAUAAAAGAUUACCUAUAUGGUAUCACAUUCAAUGUAAAUAGAGUUGAAAAGUAUCUAUUGAAUAUAUUUCACGUUUCCAAAUUUUAAAUUACAACUAUUAAAUAGGAAACUUCACUUACUACUAAUCUAUGGGAGAGAGUAGGAAGAUCUUGCCCCAAAAAAUAUUCGAUUAUAUUUUUAUCAGUUGAUAGCAUAGUGCCUUCUUUUAUUUCAUCGUAUGAAUGUUGAAAAUAAAAAAAUAAAUUAAUAUCAAUGUUGAUAUAUUAUGUUUUAUUGAUUUAGCAAGUUUUGUCGAUUAGAACAUUAAAAUGAUUAUUUGAAAACUAAAAGAAGCAAAGAUUCCAAUUAUACACUGCACCUUAGCUUCUGUAAUACUUCUGUCCGAAAGUAUUCAAACCUAUUGUUAUAAUAGUAAACUUUUCCCCAUUUAUACUUUUUCAAAUGCUUUAGAAAUUCAGCUGAAUUCAUUAGAUCGAAUAAUAAUUCAGAAACUUGAGUUGUCGACAAAACCGCAUGAUUUCAGCUAAUUUGUACUCGAUGUACAUUGCAUAGAGACAUAUGCUGUCAACACCCGUUACAAUUCCAUCAAGGCAUUCUCCAUGUCAUUGUGAUGUAUCUUUUUAUUCUUGAUGUGAUGUAAUCUUUCAUCAUUUUAUCAGAAUUAAACGUAACGUGUUCAAUUCUGAUUUCAUCUUAAUACUCUCAUGGAGUUGGUUAGCGUAGCGUCACAUAGACGCUAGUUUACAGUGUGAAUUAUCUAUUUUGUAACAGUGCAGUUUUUCUUACUUAUAACUUGUAGGUCGAUUAAGUUAUCUCUGAAAAAACAAAUAAUGAGUUCUCCGAAUAUGAACACGAUCCAUUCAUUUGUAAAUUUAUUUAAAUUCAUGGAAUUGUAAAUUUAUCAAUUCAGAUUGCUUCAGUGUUGUAUCGUUUUAUUAUUUGUUAUUCCAAUCAUCAAUUACUUUCUAUUGAUUAUAAAAUAGACGUAAGUCAUGUUCAUAGAGAAAAACUGCUUGCUCCUCGACCCACACUAUUUGGAAUAUAAUUGAAGAAACACUAGUCAGCUUUUCUCAUCAUUCCACUGUCCAAUUUUCUAUGACGAAAAAAUAUUCUUAUAUAGAUUUCAGUGGAGCAAACUUUCAGUUCAAUCUUUACCCAGUUAUAGGUGCCAAACAAAACAAACAAUCGUAUUCUACAUGGCUCUUAUUCCUUCAGAAUGUCCACACCAAUUCAUUAAUGUGAAGUGUUGAAGGGAACGCUGAGUGGAAUACUGUUUCUAGCAGCCUCACUGGUACAUUGCUUGGACAAUAAUGUGUAUUAGAGAAACAUCUCCUCACAACAGGAUUCUCAUGAAUCAUGCUCCACUGGAAGAAAAAUAUUUUCUAAAAUCAUCCUCUUUCAAAAGCAAGAAAGUUAUGUGUAAAUAAGGCUGUGAAAUGUUAAUAAGUAAAAUGUUUACAUUGUUUUUAUUGUAACGAUAUUUUUGUUGUUUAUUCAAAAUAGGGAUUGUAGUAUGUAAUGAGAAUAGAGAAAAUAUUUGAAAUGACAGUCCAUUUUAUCUGUUCUGAUAGUUUAUUUUUUAUAUCAAUUUUUUAUAACUUGAAGUGGAAAUUUUCAAACGGUUCUUAUGUUUACUUUGAAGUUGAAUCGCUUUAUUCUUAGUUGGAUCGUACAUACAAACUUAGGUGAGCCAAAUCGGUCAUGUUUACGAUUCCUAUUUACUUGGCUUCAUCAAUUGUACCUCUCUCUCCACCCUAUUACACAUCAAUAAAGUUCAAACUUAUGUUUGUCAUAGGCUUGUGAAUUUCAAAAACUAGUUUUUCUUCGUCAUAUUUUCCUUUCAGUAAUUGGUUUGAAGCUUGAAAUGUUGAUGUCAUGAUCAAUAACCUCUCUUGAAGAAGUAAUUUUGGAAAAUACUUCACUUAGACAAAAUAACAUAACGAUCAAUCUCUCUAAAAAAGUAAUAUUUUAAUUGAUAUUGUUAAUAAUCAAAUCGGCCAAAACAUGUCCAAGUAUUGAUUGAAUAUCAACAAAGUAUUGAAAAAGAUUUAAUUGUCACAUUGUAGUCGAUUUAUCAUUUCGAAUAUGAAAGACCGAAUUGUGCAUGAUGUGGCUUAGCUCAGCUCAUCCAGAAUGAGUCUCAAUCUCAAUACAAAUAUCGUAUUAGCACAGUCAUCUCUAAUAGAUUAUUAUGUCAAAGCAAAUUGUGUCAACAAAAAUUUCAAUGUGCUUUGGUUUAAUAUCUAGAGUUCCUUUCAAAGUCAAAUUAGGCUUGAAUUAGGCCUACUAUUUGUCAUAAUUUUGAUAAAUUUCAUAAAAAUCAACCCAUAUUAAUGUAAUGUAUAUCGUAACCCACUUAAUUCCUGUCCAGACUCAUCUCAUAUCCAAUAACUGGAGUCUUCCUUUGAUAAAAAUUAAAACUGCGAUUUUUGAGAAUGGCAACUUCGUAUAGUAGGUUAUUCAGUCAGCCGGUCAGCCAUAGAGAAAAAUAUUAUGAAAUCUAUAUAAUGAAUUAUUGUAAUUUACGGUAGUUUUCAGACCGAAACUAGACUUAGUGAACAGCGUAGCCUGAGUUUGACAUAGAAUUGUUAGAGAUGUGAGGCAGUGAGAUAUUGCAUUUAUUCAAAUGCGUAUGUAUAUAGGCUGUAAUAAUUUUCAGUAGAAAUCUUCGGAAUAGUUGAUAGUAGUCUAUUUUUAUUAUCGUUUAAUAAUGAAAUUAUUGCCGGAGAUGGCUGUGCUAUUAUUAAAUUGUGAUUCUGGAGUCAGCUUUGCUAAAUUAAAAAACGUAUCCAAAGUGAAAAUGAUUCUUAAUCAAAUCAUAGCUUUCAUUGAUCAGCUUAGAAUAUAAUAUGAAUUUCAAUUUAAAAAUAUGCUUCAUUCCUAGUAAUUUUUCUUUUCUAUACAAGGUCCUCUUAAUAAGUAGUGUCCUUCGUUUGCCGACUUCAAUUUCUUCAAGCUUAUCAAUUCCAUCCAUUGAUUCCUAGUGAUUAUUGCUCAACAAAUAACUUCACUAGAAGAUGAGAAUUUUCUAUUCAGAAAUUCCCGUAAUUCUAAGUAAUAAUUCGGACCUACCAUUCAGUUGAAGGAAUAACUUAACUUUGGUUCAAGUAACCAUAAAACAAAAUCAUUUACAUUUAAUUCUACUGCUGAAUAGUUUAUAAUGCCAAAAUCUCUUCUUUGUGCUUUAUGAAUGGAGAGGAAAUAAUAGGACAGAGAUUCAAAUAUUGAAAUGGAAAACCUUCCCUAAACGAUGUUCCAGAUGUAAGAAAAAGUAUCGAAUGGAAAAAUGCAUUCAUUAUUCUGAUGAAAACCAUGAUGUCCUUAGUUUUCCUAUCGAUAGAGUAUAACUAUGGUAGCUCUCAUGAUAAAGUAUGAACGUUUCGAUCAUUGCAAAUAGUUAGAUUGCAGGGUUUUCUCAAACUAUGUUCUCAAAAUAUUUGAGUUUCCCUAGAUUUGAUAUUGAACAGUUUGGCCUAUGUAAAUAAAAUUCCGUAAGUGAUAUCAGAUGAAUAACUAUUUUCAUCCCAUACUCUUGAAAAAUCAUAAUUUUUGUAUUGUUUGUUAAUAAAAUCGAUUAAAUGAAUAUGUAUAAUAGAAAUAGCUGUUAGAUUUGUAUGUGAGGGAUUUGUAUUUGAGAUUAUAUGCUAAUGGGUGUUUGUAUUUGAAAAUGAAGAUUGUUCAUUCAAUGAAGUUGUUCACUCAACUUUGAAGAUAUCCGUAAAUAAGUAUUAUAGCAUUUCUAAAUUUAAAUUAAUUCACCAAACAACUGUGAAGGCAUAAUUUCGUCACUAAUUUGACAAAACUCUAUCUUCACGAUGAGUAAUUUAUAUUUUUAUUUGAAAAAAUAUGUUUGAAUUUACACUUUUUACGUUUCAUGUACAGUAUUCUGAAAAUGUGCUGAAGAUUGAACAUAUAGAGUACCGUAUAGAAAAAAUAUGUCAACAGGGCAGAUUUGAGAAUUCACUCUGACGAAAUUUUAUUUUCAUGCAUUGAGAUUCGCUCAUUAUUGAUGAUGAACUUUUGAUUCAUACCUAUGAAAUAUGUAAGAUUAAUAUUGUUCAGGGUAUCGCAAAUUCAUGAUUUCAACUUCAAAGUUCUAAUUUCGUUUCAUUACUCUAUGAACUUAGUCAAUUACCUAGGUUAACAGAUUUAUGCAUUGUAAUAGAGGCUUAUUUUCCUACACUGAUUUACAUUGUAGACUUGGCUUGAGUGAUAAUAUUUAUUUUUUUUAAGAUUUCAAAAAGAAAAUCAUUCCAGCCAUAAAAAUGUUUUUGUUAUUCAUUGUGAUUUAUUUUCGUUUCCACCAACUCAAAGAGCAGAAUCAAACUCAACUUAUAAUUAUUUUUGAAUAGCUCUCCCUCUGUGUAGAGAGAAAACUCUUCCAAUACAAACAUAAUUAUUGAAGUUACAAUAUUAGAUUUGUUAAUAAUUUAUUCAUUAUAAUCUAAUGAUUGAUAAUAAAUUAUCGAUUGAGGAUAUUAUUUAGGAGAUAUAGUAUUUUGAAGAUGAAUAUUGAAAUAUUCCACUUUCUCAUCAGGAAAUUAUAUUUCUCAAUUCAACUGAGAACUCACUAAUGUUGAAUUUUAAAAUGUUGUAUUUUAUUUUAAAGAUCAUAAUAAUUUAUCUGUAAUGUACUACUAGAAUCGAAAUAAUUCAUGUACAUUUCACAGUAUUCAAAUGAAGACUUGUUCAUAAUAUCAAUAACAAUAUCAGCGUUGUGAUGUCAUCACCCCACGAAUAAUAUUGUUAUUUGUAUAAUUGGGAUAAGAUUACAUUGACUGAUGACUAAAAUUCAUUUUCUCGACUUGUAACUCUUUUAUACUUGCUGAAUUGUAAAAAUUGUAUAGAGAUCGAAUUUCAAUGUUAUGCAUAUAACUAUUUGAGAAUAGAAUAUUUUUAUUCCUGCAAAAGGGAUAGUAACGUUUCCAUCUUAUCAUCUCCGAUAAGAAUUAAUAUUCUACUUUUUUCAUAAAUUGUUUCAUUGAAGUUUCUCGGUAGAUUGAUAGGAAACAAGCGUAAAAAAUAUUCUCUCUUAUUUUUAUGUAGUAUGCAUGAUUCAACUGCUCAGUUUUUUCAACAAAUUUAUCUAUGUGAUUCAUAAACGUUUUAAAUAAUAAAUAAUAAUAUUAAGAAUAUUUCUGUAUUUCCAAGAAGUUUCAAUGUUGAUAAAAGUAUGUAUUUUAGCUGCUCUCAUUCAUGCAAAGCAAUUUGAAUCGCUGUGGUGAAUUGGGGAUACCAAAGAAUAUAAUAUUCAUUUUAUUGAAUUGACAUUAGUGACAGUAAAAAAACAAAAAUUCAAUUUUUCUUUGUUUUGCAUUUUUAGAUGAACGGUUUUCAUAGAAGUGAUUUGGGAAUAUGACUUGUUAAAGUUUUCGCACACAGACGCGGGAAGAGUGCCGGAAACGGGAGCGGCACGAUUUUAAGGCUGUGCAAAGGCUAAAAAUAAUCUUUCUACUGGUGAUAUUUUUCAGAGUUUUUCGAUUUGUAUAUCAUCAAGUCUAUCGAAAAAGCUAAUGAAAAAGUUUUGCUCAGGAAAACAUUUUUUUCCGAUCAUUACUUUUUGAGAUAUGAGCGCCUAAAGUUUACAUUUUUGGGACAGAACAUUUCAAAUUCGGUUAGAGAUAGCUCCAUGGGAUUUAAAGGAUAAAUUCUUCAUGGUAUUGUUGAUUGAAUAAAACAAAAAAAAAAUUGAAAAUAUCCAUUUUUGAGAAAGUUAUAAAAUUUACUAAAAAUAACUUUUUAUUGAGUUAUUUUUGGUAGAUUGAAAAAACUUUCUUAAAAGUUGAUAUUUUAAUUUUUUGUUCUAUUCAAUCAAAAAUACCAUGUAGAAUUUAUCCUCUAAAUUCUUUGGAUUCAUUUCUUACCGAUUUUGACAUGUUCUAUCACAAAAAUUUAAACUUUAGGCGCUCGUAUCUCAAAAUGUAAUGAUCGAAAAAAGAAAUGUUCUCCUGAGAAAAAUUUUUCAUUUUUAUAGCUUGAUGAUAUAUAAAUAGAAAAACUUCAAUAAAUAUCACCAGUAGAAAGUUUAUUUUUAGCGUUUGCACAGCCUUAGAGCAAUUUUCGAAAUAGAAUGAUGUGACUGUUGUUUCGUGUACUGCACUCUCCCCGCAUCGGUGUGCGCAAAGCUUUUACCUUUCGAUUUAUUUUGAAUUUCUGAUGGCUCAAGAAAUCGAAAUAAAUCAAAUUGAUGGAAAACCAAUCGCUUUUAGUAAUCAACUAUGAAUAAGGGUCAAAACAAUGAAUUUAGGGGCUGUACCUGGUAAACCAUUAGUGUUUAGUAAUCAACUAUGAAUAAGGGUCUAUGAAUGAAUUUAAGGCUGUACCUUGGCAUCUUUGAAAAUAAAAAUACAGUUAGGGAGUGCUCAAAUAGAUCAAGUUAUAGUUAUGAUGCCUGAAAGGUAUAAUGGAUCUUUCCCCUGGAUUUGUUAUACCCUUAAGCGAUCAAUGAAGCUGCAUGAAUGAGAGAUUAAAAUAAUAAUAAUUUAGUUUUAAAAAUUGAAUUGUUAAAUGUCUAUAUGGAUGUCUCACGAAUAAUUACAUGUUGUUUUUUGUGUUGGUAUGAGCCAGUGUUUACUAACUGGAGAUGGUUUUUCGCUGAAUAAGCGAAGCCAUAUGAGACAGGAGCCAAAGUAAAUCACUGUGCCAAAUCAUGCAGUUUCAUGAUGGUUGUUGUGAAAUUUAUUUUUGGAAAAAGACUGUAAAAAUUAUGAAUAAAUAUAUGUCCGUGUA